UCAGACGGAACGACACGCAAACAUGGCGGCGUCUACAGAAGAGGAUUUUGAGUUUAAUACUCAGGACUACUAUUCUCUGCUCAACGUGAGGAAGGAGGCUACAGUGGACGAGCUGAAGGCGUCGUAUCGGCGGCUAUGCAUGCUGUAUCAUCCUGACAAACAUCGAGACCCUGAACUGAAAAGACAAGCUGAGCAACUUUUCAAUCAGGUUCACCAGGCCUACGAAGUGCUGAGUGACGCUCACUCCAGAGCCAUCUAUGACAUCUUUGGGAAGAAAGGGCUGGAGGUGGAAGGCUGGGAGGUGGUGGAGAGGAAGAGAACACCUGCAGAAAUCCGAGAGGAAUAUGAAAGGCUUCAGAGAGAUAAAGAAGAGAGAAGACUGCAGCAAAGAACAAAUCCCAAGGGCACAAUCAGCGUCGGUGUGGAUGCGACGGACCUGUUCGAUCGCUAUGACGACGACUUUGAGGAGAUGCCUGGCGGAGGCUUUCCUCAUAUAGAAAUUAACAGGAUGCAUAUUUCCCAGUCCAUAGAGGCUCCUCUGACCAACACCGACACAGCAAUGCUGUCUGGGUCACUCUCCACGCACAACGGGAGCGGAGGGGGCAACAUUAACGUGACUGUACGCAGAGUUACAUCAGCUAAAGGCUGGGGAGAGGUGGAGUUUGGUGCUGGAGACACACUGGGGCCACUCAUUGGGUUAAAGGUGUUUCGUAACGUUACACCGCGGUGUUUUCUCACAGCCCAGUGCGGUUUGCAGUUCUCGCCUCGAGGCCUGCGGCCGAGCUGUUCUCUGAUGACGGCGCGCCACCUGGACCAGAACACGAUGGGCUACCUUCAGUGGCGCUGGGGGCCCAAUAGCGCCAUGACAACCAGCCUGGUGCGGGACACGAAGAGUAGCCACUUUACUUUAGCUCUGCAGCUGGGUGUGCCUCAUUCCUACCUGAUGAUGAGCUACCAGUACAAGUUCCAGGAUGAGGACCAGACCAAAGUGAAAGGCUCCGUAAAGACAGGCUGGUUCGGCACAGUGGUGGAGUACGGAGCGGAGAGGAAGAUCAGCCGUCACAGCGUUUUGUCGGCCACGGUCAGCAUCGGGGUCCCACAGGGAGUCACACUCAAGAUUAAGCUGUCGCGUGCUAGUCAGACGUACCUGUUCCCAGUCCACCUGACAGACCAGCUGUUGCCUAGCGCCGUCUUCUAUGCCACCGUUGGACCUCUCUUGGCCUACGUCGCCGUCCACAGACUAAUUAUAAUCCCGUACACGAAAGCGCAGAAAGAGCAAGAGCUGGAGUUGCAGAGGAAGAGCUCCGCCACAGACAUCGCCAAGAAGAAGCAGGAGGCUGAGACUGCUGUUCUGCUGAUGCAGGAGUCUGUGAGGAGAAUCAUAGAAGCAGAAGAAUCCAAGAUGGGCCUGAUCAUCCUCAACGGCUGGUACGGAAAGUUUGUGUCAGACACCAGCCAGAAGCAGGAGAAAGCCAAGGUGAUUGACGUCACCGUGCCGCUGCAGUGCCUGGUCAAAGACUCCAAGCUCAUCCUCACCGAGGCGUCUAAGGCGGGGCUGCCGGGCUUUUACGACCCCUGCGUGGGAGAGGAGAAGAGUCUGAAAUUACUGUACCAGUUCAGAGGGGUCAUGCAUCAAGUCAUCUCCGCAGACACGGAGCCACUACGGAUACCCAAGCAAUCUCACAGAACCGAGUCUGAAUCCUAGGAGUCCUCUGCUGUUGACGUAGGAGAAUAGAACAGACUAUGUACGCGGAAGAAACCACGAGUAGAAGGGAUAGAUUUUUUUAAAAAUCAGUUCGUUUCCCUCCUCUAGUUCUCCUCUGUCAUGGUAUUAGUGAUUCUAAUUCACAAGUCUGUGCUCCUUCCUUUUUCUAAACUCCAGUUUUAUUGGGUGACAUCAGCACCAGGUCUCCCCUGUUGGCUACACCCAAUACACCGGAUCUCAUAUCGGUACGCUGCAGGAGAUCAGACACCGGCCCAAAAUAGUUUUGUAAGACACAAAAGGACUGAUUAUUACAGCCAGCCGGAUGGCGAUUUCCCUCAGUAACGAAUAAAAUGUCUGCGGUUUCUCACAUUCGUGUUUGUCAGGUGUGAAGGAGCUAUAAUUUGGUCUUAUAUAUAAUCUUCACUUAUCGCCAUGGCAGCAUUUUGAGUCGUGAAACUGUUUGGGUUAACUAUACAGGAUGGUGCCUCAGUAACCUUGAGGUCAACCAGGACUUCGCUCAUGUUUUAGAUCACAUUCAAAUAGGUCAGCCUUUCUAUUUUAGGAAACAUUUUACUCCGGUAUUUGCUGCUCGAUGAGAUGAAAGUGUAAACUGGCUCUCAAAACGUGAAGGUUUGGAAAGGAGAGGAAAAGGACUGCCUGUUAUUACAGAAAAAGUUAGACUUUUCCUCCUGGAUUUCUAACACUCCACGCUGCAGUUUGAAGGCAGGAAUCUUGCUUGGAUUUGAUUUGCGUCAGUGUUUAUCGAUCAGCUCUGCAGCCGCAGGGAAAAAAAAAAGAAAAAACCUGUGCUCUCUAAUGAUAUUUGAUAAGAUGAAGGUUGUGCUUAUCCUCCACAAAAGCUGUUGGUAUCUGCAAAUAAGUAAUCGUUUUAAACCUGAAGCUGCAGUGUGUACUGAACUCGGCCAUGAACGUUAUUAAUUAACGAUUUUUUUAAACUAUUUGCUUUUAGGGUAAAAUGAUGGUAAACACACAUCCACAAGACAUUUUAGAAAACAAUGAGAUUCAUAUAUAGUGGAUUUUCUCUCAUCCAAACAAAGGCCAUAAUUAUACGUACAGUAUCAAACAGUCAACUACUAAUCAACACGCUUCUGCAUUACUCUACCUGCGGUCAGUACUAUUUACAGUCCCCACAGCAUGAUGCUGCCACCGAUGCUUUAAUGUGCUGGUUUGGCAGUAAGGGGUUCACAUUUGAUCGGUCUCCUUUCAGUCCACAAUAAUAUGACACAUAUUGGUGUUUCAGUAUUUUUUUCACCCAUCGCAGGCUCGAGCUUAUUGUUACUGUUUGCGUAGUUUUGACCAUGCAUGUGUAGACAAAAGGACAAUAAAUUCAAACUAAUGCAUCAAAUUUAUCCUUUUAUAAACAUUCCACCCUAGAAUGACGAGACAUAUCAUGCGUUAGACGAGAGACUGAAGUUAAUACCAAUUCAUGCCCAUGUUUGGUGUAUGUAAACUUCUGACCAGAAUGCUGCACAAAGAGAGAUGGAGAAAUGCAGCUUCUUUACUGCUGAACCAGCUGCUGCGUCGGAGCGUUGCGGAGGCCACUUUGUUUACUUGUUUAUUUUUGGGACCGUAUACGUGGAGGAAUCGCAGAGGGGUCUUACUGGAGUCUUUUAGUGGUUAAUUCACACACUAAUUAACAUCUGCUGUAACUAGUUUUCUCAGCAGAUUGGUACACGAUACACUGAACCGCUGAUGAAUAGGCAAACAUUGUAACACUUAAAUCCCUGAGUUUUUAAUUUCCGCAGCACAAUAAAGCUCCCAUUUAAGUCCAUUAAAUUAGAUUUUACUCCCUAUCUGAUUGGUGCAUCUGUUGGUAGAUGGAUUGUGCAAUAACAAAGAGGUUGUUACUUCUUAGUUGGUUUUUUGUUUGUUUUUGGAAGAGGGUAUCUGUGUAAUGAACUAUGGGGAACCCUAAACUUUAUUAAAACCAUUAAAAUGGAAUAUAAGCUGAGUUUUAUUGAGUAUAUAGUAUAUAUAAAAGGUUAGAUUUUGCACAAAAUCUACGGUAUAUCAGGCAUUUUGUCCAAAUGGUGCUGAAGACCUUAAUUGUAGCUGUAGACUUUUACUGAAAUGCAUCAAACAAGUUAAAAACACAUGUUCAGAUCAAUCUGCGAGCCGUUUUGCACUGUUACCGUUAUGUGUUUGUCCCUUUUUGUUGUUUAGGUGUGUAGUAAAAGGUUUCGUCUGGUCAUUUGUUCAUUUCUGCCAUCGUAAAAGGUGAGCGGCGAGUGCUUUGCUGAUUUUACAUUCCAGCCUGUGAGCCAAACGGACCGGUAUAAAUGUUCUGUAUGUUUGAAAGGAAGAUGUGUGUUCUGUCCUGUAAAGUUAAUAAACAUGGAAUAAAAA